AUGGAUUGCGCUGGUCUUCCACAUAGCAAUGCCCGACCACCGCACCGCGAAUCUGGUCGAUAUCGUGGCACUCGCGGCUGAUUGGAGUGCUUAUAAUUCACAGUCAUCUGUGGUAUCUAUCUACCAUGGCGCAAAUUCAGGAUCGAGCGCCCUCUCUUCCAAAUUCUGGGGUUCGUGAUACAGGAAUCGAUGUCAUUGUUGUCGGCGCUGGUUUUGGAGGUAUUGCUUGUGCAAUUGAAUGCAAAAGAAAAGGUUACCGAGUGAUGGUCUUCGAGAAGCUAAAGACGGAAUCAAGGCGACGAAGGCCCGCUGUUUUGCCGUCUAUGGCACAGGUGGCCAAUAAGGAAACAUGUUUCGGUGCGCACGGAGCCUGGAUUCUGGAUCUGAUUGAAAGAGAACAAGGUGGCGAAGGCAGUGAACAUACGGUUGAACAGCUGCAUAAAUCAUGCAUUAGGGCCGCAUCGGACUCGGACAGUACCGUUAUCUGUCCCUCGGGGCAGUCGAGUACGCGUUUCAGUCACGAACACUACGACCAGCUUCCCAAUUAUUACGUUACGAAGAGAGCAGUCUCCUCAUCUUCGUACGGACUGCGCGUCUAA